AUGCGGCUGUUGGUCGCUCUGCUUGUCGGCCUUUUGGCCGGAACUGGCCACGUCCUAGCUGGAAGCCGGGGAUGGCAGCCUGCGAUCUCAACUUCCGCCCUCGACCGCCGUUACUAUGUCAUCAACACGGAUCGCUCCGAGGGUGACCGGAUGCCGUGGCCGAAUCGCCAGAUCCGUUACUGCUUUGUCGACGACGAGGCAGAAGAAGCGCUCAACGACCUGAUCGUAGCAGCGCAUGAUAUCUGGCUGCGCAAGGGCCUGGGCAGCGAAUUCACCAUUUCCAAGGUUGGAAGGGAGGAGUGCACCGGCGACCACAGGUUCGACACGCUGAUGGUCCACUGGACCGGCGACAACGGCAUGAUGGCGACCUUUGAAGGGUUGCCCAACGCGGACUCCAUCAUCCGCAAUUCCAAUAACCCCGACGUCAGACCCAAGAUGAUGCUGACGACGAGCGUGCGUAUGGGCAUGCUCAACCAGGAGCAGAACUUUGCCCACGAGCUUGGCCACGCCUGGGGUCUGUAUCACGAGCACCAGAAUCCGGCCUUCUGGAGCAAGGGGACCAUCAAGAAUGCCCUGGGCGGAACCGUGUUCGGUCCCGAGAACGGCGGGAACUGGCGAUGCGAGAAUCUGAAGGAUUACCAGGACCGUUUGGGCGGAGGCGGCCUGGUAGUCCAGAACCCGAAUAACCCGAACAACGGCGGUUUCGGCCCCAGAAUCGGCGUCGAGGAGCUGUGCAGGGACUACGACUUUGCCCGCAAGGGCCAGUUCAGCGCAAGAGACUACCUCCCCAUGCCCAAGGCCAUGGGAAUCGCCACAUCGUCCGGCAUGGGGACUGAUGACGUUGACUGGUCGUCCAUCAUGAUUUAUCCCUCCGGCGCCGGUGCCGUGGGUGAGGCCAGUCCGGGCAACGACCAGCGCGCAUCUAUCCUGCUGAAGCCGAACGGCGACCCGAUACCCAUCAAUGACUCGCCCAGUCAGCGGGACAUUGCGGCUAUGCACAAAUUGUAUGGUAGGAGCAAGUCGGCCAGGACCAAGGAUUUGUUGCAAAAGGCUGGUGGAACCGUGACCUCCAGAUUCAAGAAGCUGUUUCCCGAGAGCGCGGGGAAUGCGGAUGGUUCCGGUUGUUUGUAGCUUAGUUUUUCCCAACGAUGGGUAGCUGGCAAAGUGCCGCGGG